CCUUGUGCGUACCCUUCCGCUCGCGCUGCCGCCGCUGCGAGCCCGUCACUGACCUUCAUUCCAUCGCAGAUCCUCAAGGUUCGUAUGCGUCGCUCGUGCUUCGAGACCGCGCUUUGCUCGGCGCUGGAAGAUGCGCGGCGCAGGAAGAACGCUGGAUGCUGGCUGGCGACGCUCCAUCGUAGAGCUGCCAUUGCGCGCGCCAGCAGUGGGAGAGGCGAUAUCAGCAGCAGUACGCCGCUCUGGCCUCGAAGCUGGCGCACAGCUUGCUGCUGAAUGCCGCUGGAGGGAAGGCGCGAAGGGCGGCGGAGCCAGAUGGAAGAAGGAGGGCAGCUCUCUCAGCGGACACCGCUCGUGCACGAGGCCGUAGCAUCGGCGCCGCACCUGCUGCGCCGCGCCGGCAGACGAUCGCUGCUGGGCUGGCGAGUUGCAGGCGCAGGGCAUGUCCCUGCUGCCCAUUCAUG